CUGUGAUGUAUUGUCAGCAUGUCUGCAGCUCAGUUAACAAGACUCCUGGUAUCAAAUGCAGCCUUCAACUUGUAUUAAAGAGACCUAACUACACUGCAGGAAGUGGGUGAAGAGUUAAAUCUUGGCAAGAGUGCAGAGUGAUCGAGUGUUCGGGCAGAAAACAGCUUAAACAAAGGAUGUAGCAAGGAGAUAAGUAAGCAGGUAAGCAAGAUAAGAGAGGAGAUACAGAAUAUAGAGGCUAAAAGAGGCUAAAAGCUAAGGAACAAAACCAAUGCGGACAAGAGAGUGAAGGAAAAUAAAGAGGAGUUUGACAAAGGAGAGUGCUGGAACAGAGGUUGGAGAAGGCAAAUUAACAACAGAUCAGAAAGAGAAGAGUGAAACACCACCAUGACAUACCGCCUGUUUGAAGGGAAGGAUCAUGCCUCCAUCUACCAAAGGUAUCGCUUCACGCCUCCAGAUGAGCUCAAGAAUAUAAUUCUUCAGUACCUAGAUAAAAAGAAGGGACAGCCACAUGUGCUGGCAGUGGAUCUGGGAUGUGGAACAGGCCAGAAUUCUCGGCUACUGGCACCACACUUCAGACAAAUGGUGGGCAUUGACGUCAGUGAGUGCCAGCUGGAGGAGGCCAAAGCCGUGCCGGGGUAUCCGAACAUCACAUACAGGAAGGGGACAGCAGAGGAGCUUCCAUUUGCAGAUGGCUCUGUAGACUUGCUGACAGCGGCAUCAGCAGCCCACUGGUUUGAUCGGUCGAGGUUCCUGGCUGAGGCAAGUCGGGUUCUGAAACCACGGGGCUGCAUGGCUCUGCUGGGCUUCAGUGAUACUGCCACCAGAUUUCACUAUCAGAACUGUGGAGAACGACUCAGCCGCAUCUAUGAAGAGGUGAAGCAGGUGCUGAGGCCGUACACUAGCAGCCCAGUAGCUGUGUCUGAUGGGAAGCUGGAGGAGCUGUACUCUGCCAUCCCUUUUCCAGACAAACAGAGGAUUGAGGGUAUUCGAGUGAAGUCUGUCAUCCCGGUGAGGAACGUGGUGGGAUUUGUUGAGUCCUGGUCCAUGUUCCAAGCUUACAGGAAGACAGACGCUCAGACUGCUCAUGACCUGCUGCUCAACACUCAGAAGAGGUUUCUGGAGGAGAUGGGAGUCACGUCUCCUGACACUGAAAUAGAGUGGGAGCAGGAGUAUUUCUGUGUCCUGGCAUCAAAACCACAAUGAUCAACACUAUAGCACAGGAUGUAUAUUUAGAGAGGGAGAGAGUGUGUGUGUGUGUGUGUGUGUGUGUGUGUGUGUGUGUGUGUGUGUAAGAGAUGUCCCAAUUUACAAUUUAUGAACAUUCAAAACAUAAAAUUUUUGAUGCAUGAAAGACUGUGCUUGUUGAAUGUGGAUAUUCAUCAUUUUUUCACAGUAGAGCUCCAAUUUUGUCAUUUUGUUGUAGCCUGAUGCAGAUUUUGCAACAAAAGGCUUAUAGUCUAAUCCUUAACACACUGUCUUUCUCACAGGAAAGACUUUUAAGACCAGUUUACAGUGGAUCUACUUGUAUGUUUAGAUAUUUGUCAAUAGAUCACCUACUAAUGACUUUAUAUCCUGCCUAUAGUGUAUUUUACAAGUUUUUUAAAAUACAAAGUACGUUUCAUUUUGCAGUGAAACCACUUUUUAAAACAUUUCUCAAUCCCUCAGCUGAUCCCUCUCAGGCUUAAAUGCACACUGAGAGUUUACAUAACUCAGCAACAUAAUUUCUUUUGAAAUUUAACAUGCCUACCACAGUUGUUGCACAGAAGGGUGCUUAGAUGCUUUGGUUUAAAUGAGAAGUCCAGUUUUUUUAGCCAAGCUCUUAAAAACAUGGCAUAGCUGGUGGCCCAUUUAUUUGUUAUAACUGCCUGAGUGUGCUUUCUUUAUUCUGUGCUAUCUCUCAGUAGGUUGAAGGCAGCUUUGCUCUGCCGACAGUUUGUGUUUUUUGUACUUAGUGCAAUGUGAAUAAAGCUGAAGUACUUAACGCUUGUGGUAGAGCUCUAUACAGUAAUUAAAAAGAGAAACAAAUCUGCACUGUAAAAAUGAAGUCAUACUGUAUGUUCAUUAGUGAGUGGUGAAAAGUAAUACUGUCCUUUUUACCCCACUGCAUUUAUCUGACAUCUACAGACUCUACGCACCUUCCAGAUGAAGGUUUUAACCUGUAAUCAUCUGAAAUAUUAUUUACUAAAUGAAACCAAUAUUAUGUAGAAUGGGUUAAAAUUGUUGAACAUAAAAUGCAGCUUACAUGUUAAUAUUACAUCCAAAUCCAGCAGUUUAUUAUAUUAUAAUUUUUCACUGACAGAGACCAUUUUGGUUUCAUAAAGGAUAUUUUUACUUUCAUACAUUUUGCUGAUAAUGAUUUUAUUUAUUUUGAAUGUUGUACUUUUAUUAUUAGUAUUUUAAAACACUGCAAAUACAAUGUACAAGUGAACCACGGGGAUCUGUCAUUUGCUAUUAAGGAGACGUUUUCUGUAAAUCAUUUGGUCCAUUUUGGGCAAUUCUGAAAAACUUAACUCUCAAUUGAUAAAGGUUUUGCAUGAAGAUCCCGUAGAUCUGUCACACAAAAGUAAAACAACAAAUAUCCAACAAGUAUUGUAUUCUAAUUUAGUACAGGUGCGUUAUCAGAUAUAAAGAAGAGAUAACAUUUUCCUUUUCCUACACUUAAAUGGAUUAGUAAUAACAGAAUGUUGUGCAAUAAAAUCAGGGGUUUUGCUGCUGUGGCCUCGCUUGGUCUGGUGUGACCAGUAGCUCGCUUGCUAGUUGUUGUUGACAAUCUUUAGAUAGAUAUUGCUCUGUA